AUGUCAUCUGGAUAUCUUCUUGAGGGUCGACAACGAGUCUACCUCGUUGUAGAAAGCCCUGUGCCAGCCCCAGGCGGCGGCAAUCAGGGCUCUCAGAAAAACCCUCCAAGUCGGACUUACCACCGCAAUUACUAUAGCUCUCGUUCUUCUUCACGAAACAACGCUGCCUCGGUCAUCCUUGGUAAUAGCAAGGCACAUGCUGAGUUGGAGGAUGAAGCAAGUCAGGGUGGGGGGAUUAGCAUCAAAAAAGAGCCUGAGCCAGAUGUUCUAGUCAGCGAUAGAGCAGAAGUUGGGGGUCAACACAGUUCAUACCAGCCCGAGGAUGAAAGUGUCAGAAAAUCUUGGAAAGAUCCUGACAGUAAAAGUCAGAGCCCAGAGUCCGAGUAUGACCUGCAAUCACAUCCUAUUGAAGACCACGGCAGUCAAUAUCCUUGGCUUGUUCCGAGUUCAGGACUCACCAAAAAGUCAUCACCGGAUAAGCCGUUUCCCAAUCCCAGUGAUGAAGAGAUCAUUUUUACCCUUCAUCAUUCAAAAGGGUUGCAACCAAGGAUCGUGAAAAAACGUCAAGUCGGAGAGAUAGGGGACGAAAAUGUUGAGCCUACCAAACAAGACGCAUCAGCUCAAGUGGACUUACCGUCUAACGAAGUUGUCCCUGUUCCCAUCACACCUCGCAAGGCCCGCCGUUUUGUUAUCUCUCAAUUGGAGAUAACACCUAGCAAAACAACACAGAAGAUGCGCCAGGGCACUGGAAGCCCCGGCAUCAGUGAAAGGUUGGAUAGAAUUGAGAACCGGGCACAAGACAUCAGCGAGGCUUUGAAAGGAGUAACUUGUGCAAUCGAUGGUCAGACUUCGGCCCUGGAAAAUAUUUUCCGUGAGUGCCUGAAUAAGUAG